UCCGGCCAGUCUCAGCCGCCGCGCCUCAGUCCGCCCUCCGCUCCCGCGCCGCCAGAAUGACCGAUGCGCUGUUGCCCGCGGCCCCCCAGCCGCUGGAGAAGGAGAACGACGGCUACUUUCGGAAGGGCUGUAAUCCCCUUGCACAAACCGGCCGGAGUAAAUUGCAGAACCAAAGAGCUGCUUUGAAUCAGCAGAUCCUGAAAGCUGUGCGGAUGAGGACCGGAGCGGAAAACCUUCUGAAAGUGGCCACGAACCCAAAGGUGCGGGAACAAGUGCGGCUGGAGCUGAGCUUCGUCAACUCAGACCUGCAGAUGCUCAAGGAAGAGCUGGAGGGGCUGAACAUCUCGGUGGGCGUCUAUCAGAACACAGAGGAGGCAUUUACAAUUCCCCUGAUUCCUCUUGGCCUGAAGGAAACGAAAGACGUCGACUUUUCAGUUGUCCUCAAGGAUUUUAUCCUGGAACAUUACAGUGAAGAUGGCUAUUUAUAUGAAGAUGAAAUUGCAGAUCUUAUGGAUCUGAGACAAGCUUGUCGGACGCCCAGCCGGGAUGAGGCCGGGGUGGAACUGCUGAUGACAUACUUCAUCCAACUGGGCUUUGUCGAGAGUCGAUUCUUCCCACCCACGCGGCAGAUGGGACUCCUGUUCACCUGGUAUGACUCCCUCACUGGGGUUCCGGUCAGCCAGCAGAACCUGCUGCUGGAGAAGGCCAGUGUCCUGUUCAACACUGGGGCCCUCUACACCCAGAUUGGGACCCGGUGCGAUCGGCAGACGCAGGCUGGGCUGGAGAGUGCCAUAGACGCCUUUCAGAGAGCUGCGGGGGUUUUAAACUACCUGAAAGAGACAUUUACCCAUACUCCAAGUUACGACAUGAGCCCUGCCAUGCUCAGCGUGCUCGUCAAAAUGAUGCUUGCCCAAGCCCAAGAAAGCGUGUUUGAGAAAAUCAGCCUUCCCGGGAUCCGAAAUGAAUUCUUCAUGCUGGUGAAGGUGGCUCAGGAGGCUGCCAAGGUGGGAGAGGUCUACCAGCAGCUGCACGCAGCCAUGAGCCAGGUGCCAGUGAAAGAGAACAUCCCCUACUCCUGGGCCAGCUUGGCUUGCGUGAAGGGCCACCACUAUGCAGCCCUGGCCCACUACUUCACUGCCAUCCUCCUCAUCGACCACCAGGUGAAGCCAGGCACGGAUCUGGACCACCAGGAGAAGUGCCUGUCCCAGCUCUACGACUACAUGCCAGAGGGGCUGACACCCUUGGCCACACUGAAGAACGAUCAGCAGCGCCGACAGCUGGGGAAGUCCCACCUGCGCAGAGCCAUGACUCAUCACGAGGAGUCGGUGAGGGAGGCCAGCCUGUGCAAGAAGCUGCGGAGCAUUGAGGUGCUACAGAAGGUGCUGUGUGCGGCACAGGAACGCUCCCGGCUCACGUACGCCCAGCACCAGGAGGACGAUGACCUGCUGAACCUGAUCGACGCCCCCAGUGUUGUUGCUAAAACUGAGCAAGAGGUUGACAUCAUAUUGCCCCAGUUCUCCAAGCUGACAGUCACAGACUUCUUCCAGAAGCUGGGCCCCUUAUCUGUGUUUUCGGCUAACAAGCGGUGGACGCCUCCUCGAAGUAUCCACUUCACUGCAGAAGAAGGGGACUUAGGGUUCACCUUGAGAGGGAACGCCCCCGUUCAGGUUCACUUCCUGGAUCCUUACUGCUCUGCCUCGGUGGCAGGAGCCCGGGAAGGAGAUUAUAUUGUCUCCAUUCAACUUGUGGAUUGUAAGUGGCUGACGGUGAGUGAGGUCAUGAAGCUGCUGAAGAGCUUUGGCGAGGACGAGAUCGAGAUGAAAGUCGUGAGCCUCCUGGACUCCACAUCAUCCAUGCAUAAUAAGAGUGCCACAUACUCUGUGGGAAUGCAGAAAACGUACUCCAUGAUCUGCUUAGCCAUUGAUGAUGAUGACAAAACUGAUAAAACCAAGAAAAUCUCCAAGAAGCUUUCCUUCCUGAGCUGGGGCACCAACAAGAACAGACAGAAGUCAGCCAGCACCUUGUGCCUCCCGUCGGUCGGGGUUGCACGGCCUCAGGUCAAGAAGAAGCUGCCCUCCCCUUUCAGCCUUCUCAACUCAGACAGUUCUUUGUACUAAUGUGAGGAAACCAACACGUUCAGGCCCUGAACAUUUCCAGUGCUGACUCGGCCUUAAAUGUUUGUGCCAUGAUGGAAAAUAUCUAUCUAGUCUCAAAUCCUGUUUUUCUCAUUGUAUAAACUCACAUUUGAUGUGUUUUUAUGAAGGAAAGUAACCAAGAAACCUCUAGAAAUUAGUGAAAAAAGAACUUUUUUGAGGCGUGUCACUAUACUGCUGUAAGUUAUUUAUUAUAUAAAGUAUUGUAAAUAGAAUAGUGUUGAAGAUAUGACAUACAGCUAUUUUUAAUGGUGACAGUUAUGACUUCCAGUCACUAUUAAAUUGGGGUUACCUAUA